GGCAAGAUAAGAACAUCGAUUGGAUGCUCUCGCUCGGGCCCGAUCCGAACCUCCCUUCCCGGCCUUCGCCCUCCUCCUUCCUCGUCGGCCUCCGGCUUCAGAGAGGGGGAAGAGAGAGAAGGAGGGAGCGCAGAAAUGGUUUUCAGACUAGCAAGAAGGGCAUGGGGAUCGAGAAGCAUUUGCGCCUCUCGUUUUCCUUCUUCUUCUUUGUCUUAUUCUUCUUCUUGCUCCUCAUCUCACCCGUUGCACGUUUGCGUCGUUGGCAGUGGACCAGCAGGGUUUUACACUGCAGAGAAGAUGUUAAAAUCACAUAAAGGAGCAGAGGUGGACAUCAUCGAUCGGUUACCGACGCCGUUUGGGCUCGUCCGUUCGGGAGUUGCACCUGAUCAUCCUGAAACGAAGAUUGUCAUCAACCAGUUUUCACGUGUUGCUGUGGAUCAACGGUGUUCUUUCUUUGGAAAUGUGACACUCGGAGCUAGCAUUUCACUCUCAGAGCUGCGGGAGUUGUACCAUGUGGUGGUGCUUGCAUAUGGUGCUGAAAGCGACAGAGUUCUGGGUGUUCCUGGUGAAGAUUUGGCUGGGAUUUACUCCGCUAGAGAGUUUGUUUGGUGGUAUAAUGGGCAUCCUGACUGUAACACCCUUUCACCCGACUUGAGGACAACUGAUACAGCUAUUGUGCUUGGGCAGGGUAAUGUAGCUCUGGAUGUUGCGCGUGUACUUUUGCGAGAUUCAGCUGCAUUGGCAACUACGGAUAUUGCAGAACAUGCUUUGGUUGCUCUUGCGGAGAGUUCAAUCAGAAAAGUAUAUCUGGUUGGAAGGCGUGGACCAGCACAGGCUGCCUGUACUGCCAAGGAGCUACGUGAAAUUCUUGGUAUCAAGAAUUUGCAUGUCCACAUCCAGGAAGCUGAUCUAAAGCUGUCAUAUCUGGAUGAGGAAGAGCUUAAGAACAGUAGGAUCCAAAAACGAGUAUAUGAACUAUUCUGUAAGGGAGCCUCCCAGCAUUUGAACACUACUUCUUGUCAGCGUGAGCUUCACUUUGUUUUUUUCCGGAAGCCAGACAGCUUCUUACAGUCUGAUACUGAAGGCAGAGUUUCUGGAGUACACCUGGAGAAGACAGUUUUGAAAGAAACUGGCACAGGUAAGCAGUCUGCGUUUGGUAGUGGGCAAUUUGAGGACCUUCAAGCUGGGUUAGUGUUGAAAAGUAUCGGUUACAAGUCUCUGUCAAUUGAUGGAUUGCCUUUUGAUAGUCACAGAGGUAUAGUACCAAACAUCAGAGGCCGAGUGCUAAGAGACGGCUCAGAACCCCAUCUUCUCGAAAAGGGUCUGUACGUAGCAGGUUGGUUAAAAAGAGGACCCACUGGAAUCAUCGCCACAAACCUGUACUGCUCUGAGGAAACUGUAUACAGCAUCUCAGAAGACAUAGAACAAGGUAAAUUCACAGAAACUGCAGAUAUGAGAUUGGGACGAGCAGGUUUGGUCCAACUAUUAGAGAACAGGGGCAUCACGUACGUAACUUUCAGCGACUGGGAAAAGAUAGAUUGCAUUGAGAGAGCUGCCGGCAACAGGAAGAACAAACCCAGAGAGAAGAUUGCAUCCUGGGGAGAACUAUUGAGAGCUGCAAAGGCAUAAACCAUUGCACAAGUUGGCUACUUUGUUAUACAUCGCUGUAGAAUACAAUUAACCAUAACUGAAACGUUCUCUUUUUCUGUAACUAUAUAUAUAUUUUUUUGGGUAAUUCUCAAUGCGAUUCACUGA